AUGAGUCAUAACGAUCUGUCGAGACAGAUGUACGAGAAUAUGUUGCAGACAGAGUACCAGAACCGCGCGAGUGCUCGGCGCAAUGAGCACCCGACCGUGGCUGGCCCGUCAGGCAGUUAUAUGUAUCACAACAACUCUAUGAACUCCGCUGCGGUUGGCUCGCCGGCUAGUACCGGUUCCUCGACCCUAUCCCGCAAGCGAAGCCUGGGACCGGCAGACUACCCAGAGCCCAAGCGUACCAGCAACGUCCCAAGUCCCCUCACUCCAGGGACCCCGAACUCGAUCCAUGUCAACACACCCCUCGUCGCUCGAGAUAUGGGUGGCUCAGAGAACAGAUGGGCGUCGUAUGCUGCACAGCAACCUUCGCUGCCCAGCAGGCCUCAGCAGGCAACGUACCCCCACACAGUCGUCGAUCUGACCAUCUCCGACCCUCCAACGCCUGAUCCGUUCCCAGAACUUGUCGAUGCUUAUCAGCCGUAUGGGAAUACACUAACCAAUGUGUUCGAUCAAGACUGGAUGCCUCUGGACGAAUUCGCACAGUUUCUGAUGACCCCAUCUCCAAACGAUUUUGGUUAUGGGUUCCAUCAGCAAGGAUCACGGAUUUCAACACCCGCAAUGCAACUCAACAGCCAAGCUAACAUCCCUGCAUACACAGUUCGAAAUGUGCCGUAUCUGCCAAGCUUCCAGGGGCCGGGUGGCGAUAGCGACUCUGAAGACUACGGUGAUUUCCCAAUGACCGUCGACGAUGCUCGAUCUAUCGAUACUCUUCUUGAGAACAUCCAGAAUCAUGGCGACGAUGAGGAUCCGCAGCGAAGGGAGCAAACGCCCAGAAUCAUGUCCUCGACUCUCAAGGAGUACCAGAAGAUCGGUCUCGGAUGGCUACUCAAGAUGGAGAGCGGUAACACAAAAGGUGGUAUCUUAGCUGACGAGAUGGGCUUGGGCAAGACCGUACAAGCUUUGUCUCUCAUCUGUGCAAACCCAUCCAAGGACCCGCUCCGUAAGACGACACUCAUCAUCGCACCUGUUGGUCUCAUGAGACAGUGGGAGAAGGAAAUCGAGCGCCACGUUCGUCCGGAACAUCGUCUCAGCGUUUACCUAUACCAUGGCAAGGGCAAGAAUGCCGAAUUCAGCAAGCUCAAACAGUAUGACGUCGUCCUUACGACGUUUGGCAUCCUCACUUCGGAGUGGAAGCAGAAGGAAUCGAUGAAAGAGAAGAUGGCUGCUGAAGCUGAGCAGCGGGAUAAUGGCUUUACUCGUCGCUCGAAGGAGAAGCUGGCGCUGUUGGGACGCGAGUGCAUGUGGUACCGCAUCAUUAUCGAUGAGGCCCACAAUAUCAAGAACAGGAACGCCAAAGCGUCAAAGGCUGCAAACGAGCUGAUGGCUACUCAUCGCUUGUGUAUGACGGGGACUCCGCUCAUGAACUCGGCUGAGGAGUUAUAUUCUCUUCUUCGGUUCUUGAAGACCCCCGGAUACACAGACUGGUACAAGUUCAACCGAGAGAUCGCCAAACCUAUGAAGAGCAACCAACAUGCAACGCGCGUGAAGGCCAUGCAGCGCGUCCAGAUCAUCGUCAAAUCGGUCAUGCUCCGCCGCCAGAAGACUACAAAAGUAGACGGUCAGGUCAUUUGUACCAUACCACCCAAACACACUACAGUCGACAAUGUUGUGUUCAGCGAAGACGAAUCUGAGCUUUACAAGGCGUUGCAGACGAAAUCGCAGGUUCAGCUAAACAAAUAUUUGGAGGCUGGAACUAUGUCACACAACUACGCUGCUGUGUUGGUUCUUUUGUUACGCCUCCGCCAGGCAUGCUGCCACCCGCACUUGAUCAAAGACCUCAGCCAACCCGCCACUGAGGGUAUUGCUGAGGUGGACUUGCUGAGCCGCGCCGGCGAGCUCAGAGAGGAUGUCGUCGUUCGGCUGAAGGAUUCCGAAUCUUUCGAAUGUCCUGUCUGUCUUGAAGCGGAUCCCAAUCCGACGAUUAUCAUACCAUGCGGUCACACAGUUUGCGGGGAGUGCGUCCAGAAAUUGAUCGAUACAGCGAGGUCGAACAACGAGGACGGUAGAAACGCCAAAUGCCCUCAUUGUCGCGGAGAGCUCCAGCCGAAGGUCAUCACUGACUACAAGCAUUUUUGCAAGGUCUUCUGUCCGGAGAAGCUUAGUGUAGAUGACCUAAUGGACGAUGCAGACUUGGACGCAGGUGGAGAUUCUGACGUUGAAGAUGAAGAUGAGGACGAUGAGGACGACGACGAUGCAGAUGAGCAUGGCAACCUAGCUGAUUUCGUGGUUCCGGAUGACGCUGACGGGGAGUCUGGAUUUGUUGACGCAGACGACGCUGUUCCCGCUCCGAAGCGCAAAACCAAAGCUCGUGGUAAGGGCAAAGGUAAAGGCAAAGCACCGGCCAAGCCAAAAAUGACCCUUGCUCAGCUCAAGAAAGAAUCGCUUCGAAAUAAGGCAGCAAAGAAGAAAUAUCUUCGCCGUCUGCAGAAGACUUGGGUUCCGUCAGCGAAGACGGAGAAGACACUGGAGCUUCUUGACCAAAUCAACAGGAACGAUCCUACAGAGAAGACGUUGAUUUUCUCCCAGUUCACUUCCUUCCUCGACCUUCUUGAGGUGCCUUUGGCACAGAAGAAGAUACAUUACCAACGUUAUGACGGUAGCAUGAAUAUGGACGAGCGAGCUGAAGCCGUCAACCAGUUCAUGGAUAAUCCUAACGAGAACGUCAUGCUGGUGUCCAUCAAGGCUGGCAACUCCGGCCUCAACCUCUGGAAGGCGUCGCAGGUCAUCCUUCUCGACCCCUUCUGGAACCCUUACAUCGAAGAACAAGCCGUGGAUCGAGCUCACCGAAUGCCUCAGCCGCGCGAAGUGACUGUUCAUCGCAUUUUGGUCCCUGAGACGGUUGAAGAUCGUAUCUGCGAACUGCAAGAAACGAAACGCGAGUUGGUUGGUAAUGCGCUGGACGAGAACGCUUCGAAGUCGCUCGCACGCCUAGACGUCCGGCAGCUCAAGCACCUCUUCGGCAUGGGCUGA